AUGGACAAAUUUAAGCACUGCCAGUUUUUCCAUCCAGAACUCUUCAACAUUGUGCUGUCUGUUUUAGUUCCAAAUGAGCCGCAAGAACUGAGCUGCGCCCCGAAUAAGUUCAGUGGAGCCGAUGAACUGAGGAGUGCCAUUUUGGCUCUUGUCCUUUCUAAGAACCAAGGAAUUAUCUCUGUGGGUGCCUUGCACAUUCGAAUUUCCAUUGAGGCGAAUCCAACGGUGGUUUUCGGACCCAACGGCAUCGUCAUCACUGCCACUCUCAAAGUUGAGUUUUUCAUCAGAAACGCAGAUGGAUCUACCUAUUUCGUCCUCGUUGUGAGAAGUAGAGUCACUUUGAGUGCUGUGCUGUCUUUUGUGAAGGGAAGACUGAUCUUCGUGGCAUCCGUCACUGGCAAUGCACUGGAGCUGAUAUCUUCUGAUGCUGGGGUCUCUGAUGAUGUUUCCAGUCUUGAACCGCAUUGCGCCAACUUGCUGGGAGAAACCUUUUUGCUAGUUUUCAACGUCAUCAUCUCUGCCAUGCUGCACGAUGGGCUUCUCCUGAACCACUUGAAAGGGAUUUCACUUUCUGAUGUGAACUUCGGAGAACUCCUUGAUCAGGCCAAUAGCAUUACAGGGCUCAGAAUUGGGAACCUUGAAGUUACCAGUUAUGAAGGAGCACUGGUGCCAUCAGGUCUUGAUGUGUGUCUCUCUGUCUGCUUGAACAUCACUGGCCAUACCCUGCUUGAUCCCUCGAACCUGGUCAGCCUCUCACUGGAAGUGACGUUCCGAGUCAAAUAUGAACGUACAAACUUCCAGAACGGUUCCCUAGACAUUAUCUUUCAUGAAUGUGGUGCUAAUUUUGGAGCUAUUACAACCACCCUCUUGGGUAGCACACUUUCAGCAUCCCUUCUGGAUAAAAUACAGGACUCCAUCAUUGCUGACAUAAACCUCCAGAUAUGUGGUGUUCUGAAGACUGUCAUUCACUUGGCAAAAGAUUUCCUCUUCAACAGUAUUAACGGUGGCACCACAGCUCCAGAAUGUCUUGGAUGA